AUGGCCGACAUCAAACCUGAGAUCAAGAUCGACCCAGCGACCACCAACAACAACAACACCACCGACGUCAAAGACAUAGCAGCAUUCGAAGCAGCAUUCGAAGACGACACGGACCUCACCUUCCCCGACCCCUCAGCCCAAGCCUGGCUGGUCAAAGUCCCCGAAGACCUGUGGAAAGCCUGGGCGGAAAUCUACAAAGAUGCCCCGGACGACACGCCCAUCGAGAUUGGCAAGAUGCGCCUCUACAACAUGCCUGCGAACGAAGUCGAUCCCACAAAGCAGAAGAUCCAGAUCCGACUCCAUCACAACACCCCGCAACAUCAAAACAUCUCCAAGAACUACGACCUCGCCGUGACCACGCGGGACUACAGCAACCUCUGUAUCUUCUCCGAAAAGAACCUCCCGGGCCACAAACCCAGCACGCGCUCCCACAACAGCAACCGCCCCGGCCUCAAACCCUCCGGCCUCCCGACCCGCGACCAACGAUAUGGCAAUAACAAAUUCUCCGGCUCGCGCUCCCGCUCCGCAAUCCCCAAACAAACCUCCCUAGCCCCGCGAAUCCAACACGAAGCCCUCGCCACCCCUGUCCUAGACGCCACCUACGAAGCCGACUUCGCGCGGAAAUGGGCCGCCCACGUCACUCCCAAGGAGAAGACCGCCUACACCGAGGGGAUCGACCGGACGGGCCAUGCCGGAUUGAGUAGUAAAUUGGGCCAGUUUGCGACUUUCGGCCUGUCUGCUCAUCCCAAGGGCACUGGUGCAGGCGGGAAAGCAGGAGGGAGGAGAAGUGGAGGAGCGGGUGGGAAGGAUAAAGCAGUCCGAAUGGAGAAGGGGAUGCUCCUCGAUGCCCUCCAGAAGUGUUUCCGCCGGUAUAAAUACUGGGGCAUGAAAGCCCUGCGCGCCGAGCUCCGCCAGCCCGAGGCUUGGAUCAAGGAGGUGUUGGAGGAGAUUGCCGUGUUGGUGAAGAGUGGCGAUUUCGCGAUGAAUUGGACCCUGAGGCCGGAUAUGAUGGAUAUUAUUCUGGAGGGGGAUGAGGGCGGGGUCAAAGAGGAGACGGCUAAGGUGGAGAGUGCGAGUGAUUUGGAUUUGGAUGGGGGGGAUGAUGUGGGGCCGGACGACGACGACGAUGAUGCGGAUGAGGAUGAGGGGGAGUUUGAGGAUGUCUCCAUCUUGUGGGAGAAGGGAUAG